UACCCCCUUCAUAUCUUUGGAGUUCUAUCUUAGUUUUGCAUGUAUGUGUGGUGUUAAAUCUUUGCUCAAAUUUCUCUUAGAAUUCUCAUUAACCAUCAACAUAUCCAAUGACUCACGUAAGACAAUUUGACCACCUCAAAAUCCCAUUAGAAAGUAUAAAAUCAGCAACCAACAAUUUUGCUCAAGAAAAUUUCAUUGGUAAAGGCGGAUUCGGGAAAGUUUAUAAGGGGGUAAUCGACCAUUUUAGGGACCAACACACCAAGGUUGCCGUGAAGCGUUUAGAACGUUGGUGUGGGCAAGGAGAUCCAGAGUUUUGGAAAGAGAUUAUGGUGCUUUCCUUAUACAGACAUGAAAAUAUAGUUUCUCUCUUUGGGUAUUGCGACGCUUUCAAUGAGAGGAUCCUCGUGUACAGGUAUGCGUCUAAGAAAAGCCUCGACUUUUAUAUCGACAAAGAGGAACUAAGCUGGGUUCAACGGCUUCACAUAUGUAUAGGAGCGGCACGUGGACUGGCAUACCUGCAUGCUCCUACUGAUACCCUGCUUAGGGUAUUGCAUCGUGAUAUCAAGAGUUCUAAUAUAUUAUUAGACGAAAACUGGAAUGCUAAAAUCGCAGAUUUUGGUCUCUCCAAAUUAGCUCCUGUAAACAAACAUUUCACAUAUCUUAUCUCCAACGCUGUUGGCACAUUUGGUUAUUGGGAUCCGGUCUAUGCAGAGACAGGUUUAUUAACGAAAGAGUCGGACGUUUACUCUUUUGGUGUAGUGUUAUUUGAGGUAUUAUGUGGGAGGCUAUGUAUUGGCAAAAACAAUAACGAUGGUCAGUCUUUUGUACAAUUUGUAAGACAAUACUAUGAAGAAAACAAAAUAAGUGAAAUUGUUUUUGGCAAAAUAAAGGAUCAAAUAAAUCAUCAUUCUUUAAAUGAGUAUACAAAAAUAGCUUAUCAAUGUUUAAUGAGAAACCGUGAAGAACGUCCAUUGAUGGACGACAUCGUCAAAGCACUUGAAACCGCACUUAGUAGUCAAUGCUCUGAUGCAGGUGUCGGCGGUGAACAAACUCGCAUUGUAGGAAUAUUGAAUGUAAAAGUACUAAAUGGAUUGGAGCUUAAUCUUGAAAAUCCUUAUGUGAUACUCAAACUAAAGAAGUGGGGUGAUCAUUUAGACUCGUAUUGCCUUCCAUCCAUGAAGAAAACGACCAUAUGGCACGGCUACAAGAAACGGAAUUCAUAUUGGAAUGAAGAAUUCACUUUAUAUGUUGAAGAUCCUGAUCAUCAAUGGCUAGAAAUAUGGGUUUAUAACAGCUCAUCCAUAUAUAAUCAAGUAGAAAUCCAUGAACAAGUCGCGGUGAACAGCUUACAAUUUAGCCAAUUGACUCAUGAAAUUCCACAUGCUCAAAAUGUUAAGCUCUUUAGUGUGAAGGAUGGCUUUUUUGUAGGGCGCUACUAUCGAGGGGAAAUCAAGGUCGAGACGAUAUACAAACCGUGCACAAAUUACACUAUCUUUGAAGAGGUAUGUCCACUGCAAAAGGCUCCAACAGGGACUCCACAAGAGGGAGGAUUGCUUGUCGUUAUAAUCCAUGAAGCGGAUCACCUUAAACCAAAGCAUCACAGUAAUCCAUAUGUUUCGUUGCUAUUCCGAGGCGAAUUAAGAAAAAGCGUGCCAAUAAAGAAGACAACUAAACCAAAAUGGCAAAAGGAGUUUACAUUUAUGUUGGAACAGCCACCAACGGACGAAAAACUGCAUUUGGAAGUCAUUAGUACUCCUUGGAAGAAAAUAAUAUAUCGAAAGGAAGAAUUGAUGGGAUAUAUUGAUAUAAAGGCUGUUGACGCUGUGAAAGAAAAACGGAUCAUCAAAACAUACCGUCUUCAGCAUGAUGUAGUAUCUUAUGGUUGGCUUAUGGUGGAGUUGCAAUGGAGAUCGUUUAACUAGAUUACCACCGGUAAUAACUAAUUAACAGUCAAUUAAUGAUGGCACCCACAUUGAUCAUCAUGUCAUUCUAUUUGAAGCAACAAUCUUUUUUAUCACAUAUAAAAAUAGAUACAAACAUAGAUCGUACUUUAGUCUGCAGGUUUAAAUUAACCGAAUUUGCAACCAAUUUUACAAAUCAAUUGACUUUCUUUAAUUUUACA